AUGGCUCGGGCUCCAACCGCGUCUUCGGCCCCCUUCGGCGUUUGUUGGCGGCACCCUGCCGAACACAGGCAAGAGCCGAUUCGAGGAGGAGCCAGCGAAACCCUGACGAACAACUCGCGACUUUUCCCGAUGUGGGUAAUCAGCGUCGACAACUUCCUAGAGCUGGACGAGCUGCGGCCUCACCAGGAGCUGCUGGCAGCUGGAAAGCUUUGCGAGUACGAACGCGGGACGGGCUUUGUCACAUUCGUCUCCCACCAGUGGUCUAGCUCCUCGCACCCAGACCCAAGCCGGAUUCAAUUUCUGUCUUUGCAGGCAGCCCUGCGCAAUAUGCGCUCCGGGCGGAUGCAGCUGUCUCAGGAUGGCGUUGCUUUCGUCAGGGGCAACCUGAAGCGCAGAGUGUGCCCAGAUGAUCUGAAAGCUGUCGCGAGUGGCUGGCUCUGGAUUGACUACAGCUCCAUCCCCCAAGUUGGCCUCCACAGCUUCGACCAAUCUCAGCUUGACGGCGCCUUUACGAAGGCGGUGAUGAGUUUGCACACGUACGUCGCUGACAGCUCGUUCUUUGUCAUUCUUGCUCCGAGUCAGCACCACGAGAAGGGUCAUUUGAUGAGCUACAGCUCUUGGAAAUCACGAGGUUGGUGCCAGUUUGAGCUGGCGGUGAAUAUUCUACUGGGUACGAAGCCAGUCCUGCUGAUCUCCAGUGAGACCGCGGUGAAACACCUUUGCUUCCGCAUGUUUUACCACCUCGCCCCUUGCUGUGCCGAAUUUACCAACGAGUCUGAUCGACACCACAUCGCUGCAGCCAUGCAGCAAGUGGUAGAAUUUCAAGCUGAGGAGCACAGGAGUGCUGGUCGCAGCCAUGAGUCACAAAUGCUUGAAUGCUUGCGGUGCAAGCUUCUGCGGUUCCCGACUAGUCCAGAUCCAAGCUGUCCAGCUCCCGGCCUGCGGAAAGUUUCAAGGACACGCUCGUUCCUCAACUUGACGGACUCCCACAAUGGGUGGACCGACCUCCACUAUGCGGUGGCAAGGAGUAAUGAAGAGAUGGUGGUCAAGAUACUGGCAAUGCGUGCGGACGUACAUGCCCAAACGCUUGGUCCGGAGGUUGACUUCUUCUUGCGGGGUGGUCUGACGCCACUGCACAUUUGGACAUGCUUCUCCACUUCUGCUCACAUAGCCGAGCUGCUGAUAAGCUACCAGGCUGACGUGAACUUUCCUGCUCAGCGAAGGUGGACUCCAUUGAUGGUUGCCUGCGAAGUCGGGAACGAGCUGGUAGUGCGCACGCUCCUUCGAUUACGUGCAGACCCAAAUGGCCAGACCCGUUUAAACACUCGUCCAUUGAGCGUGGCGGUUUGCUACGACUAUCCGAGCCUUGUUGAUCCUCUCUUGGAGGCCAGAGCCGAUCCGUGGUAUGAAUGGGCUGGAAUUGGCACUCUCCACCAACUUGGUGCUUCGGGAUCUGGAGGAUCUCUUGAGCGACUGCUGAGAGAAGGACUCGAUGUCAAUUCGAGGGCGUACUUCAACCUCGUCUCCAAAGCUGGUAUUGCUCAUUUCCUGUAUCGCUUGUGGGAUCGGGACAUACGUCACGACUAUCAACUUAUGCAGGGGGGCACACCUCUCGUCUUCGCUGCGGCUCGUGGUAACUGCGAAGCGUUGCAGGCUUUGCUGGAAGCCCAGGCAGACAUUCACAUCCCGAACAGUUGGGGGCAAACGGCCUACCAAAUCAGCGCACAAACAGGUGUUCCAGACGAAGUUCUACAGCUCUUGAGAUCUCCAGCAGAGGCAGCGGCAUGA